AUGAAGAAGUUAGCUAGAAGAUGGCAGAGAGCUCGUGGCGACGACGAAGAUGAUAACAUCGCGGUUCUUUUGUGUUGCUAUGGAGCGUUCGUUUUCUACUCCAUUUCUCAGCAGUUCAUAUCACCAUGGGAGUUGAGUGGAUUGCUAUCAUGGCUUGCUGCUUCUCAAUUGUCGGUCUACUAG